UUAAACGCGACAGUUUAUUGUGUGAAUAAUUUAUAAUGAAGAUCAUUUGUUAUACAUUAACAAUUUCAACUAUGCUGUCGCUGGGAUUAUCCCACGAUUGGUCGUUCUGUGAGUUGUCAAAACAAAUGGAAAACCAGUGUGCUUCCUAUUGCUACCAUGUGGUGAAGCCUCUGCUUCAUAUGAGUGAAGUCUGUAGGCAGAAGGAUGCACAAGUUUCUGAAUUGCAAAGCCAGAUGGAAGAACUUAGGAUCAAAAUGGCAAUUUUAGAGACUUCUUUGGCAGAGAAAGAAAAACAAUGUGAAUUAAGAAUCGAGCAUUCCAAAGAGAUAUUCGCUAUUGAAAUGAGAAGAAAGCCCAAAGCUCAAGAGAACACUGAAGAAAUUGUAAAGGACGUUCCAUUUCCUUUGAGUUGUGUAGAUAUUGACAGAUCCUCCGGCAUUCACAUGAUAAUGCUUCCUGACAUAGAGACAUUCCCAGUCAAGUGUGAUAGUGGAAUUGCUGGAUUGGGCUGGACAGUAAUACAAAGUCGAUUGGAUGGCAGCAUUAAUUUCUAUCGCAGCUGGAAUGAAUACCGUGACGGGUUCGGCGAUUUAAAGUCUGAGUUCUUCAUGGGUCUCGAGAAACUGCAUAGGAUAACAUCAAGUGAGCGCCAUGAGCUCUUCAUAUUCAUGAGAGAUUGGAAUUCGCAACUUCGCAGCGCUCGCUAUGAUGACUUUAAGGUUGGCGGUGAACAAACUGGCUACGAACUAAUCUCGAUAGGCAACCACACAGGCUUUUCCGAUGAUAUGCUUCGCGGGAAUUUGCACAUGAAGUUCUCGACCUUCGAUAGGGACAACGACAAAUGUGGCGACUCGAAUUGUGCAGUUGAUCUUCACGGAGGCUGGUGGUACAACUGUUGUUCAGACAGCAAUUUGAAUGGAGGAUAUCAGGAGACUCUAAAGUCUCGACGCAUCUUCUGGAAUUACUCCUCCGAUGAACUAAUAACUGUGCAUAUGCUUAUAAGACCCAAACGCGUCAAUCUCUCUUAAUAACAACUGCAUCUACCUUAAAUGCCUUUUAUAAUUUAUAUCCUACCGUGAGU